AGCCAACAUCUCAUGCGUCGUUGCGCGAUAAGCUCGAAGGAAAUUGCUUAAAUUCCGAUCGAUUACGCGUCCGCGUCCCAGCUUAGUUGCUGUCAGCGUAGAGGCCCGUAAAAAGGACGUCCAAUCCCCAUCAGACACGAGUUGUAACACCCAGCCGUCGCCUCGGAGCCCUGUUUUUCUUGUAUUUUCGUCUCUGCUCCCCGGCCAUCUAGCGUAGCCAAGCGAAAGCUGCCAGCAGACGUAAAAAUCAUGUAAUUUUGGAGGUCCCCGCAAAGCGUCAACACACACCCCGAGCGGUCAAAAUGCGGGCAUUCCUAUUAACUCUGGGUAGUGUAGUUCUAACUACCGCAGUUAUCGGCAAUGCGUACUACCAGAAGAAACAGUUCUAUCCCUCCGUGGUCUAUUUAACCAAGUCAAACCCCAGCAUGGCGAUAAUUUACCUCCAAGCAUUCGUGUUCGUAAUCCUCAUGGGAAAGUUAAUGCGAAAAGUAUUCUUCGGACAGCUGCGAGCGGCCGAAAUGGAGCACCUCAUUGAGAGGUCGUGGUACGCCGUCACGGAGACGUGCCUGGCGUUCACCGUCUUCAGAGAUGACUUCAGCCCCAAAUUCGUGGCACUAUUCACGCUCCUGCUCUUCCUUAAGUGUUUCCAUUGGCUGGCAGAGGACAGAGUCGACUACAUGGAGAGAAGUCCUGUCAUAUCCUAUCUCUUCCAUGUAAGGGUUAUAGCCUUGCUCUUACUUCUGGGUUUCCUGGACUAUGCAUUUGUCGCCCACGCAUACCACACUACCCUCACGAAAGGGGCGUCCGUGCAGGUCGUCUUUGGCUUUGAGUACGCCAUUCUUCUCAGCAUAGUGGCCAAUAUCUAUGUCAAGUACUUCCUGCAUACGAUGGACCUGCACAGUGAAAACCCUUGGGAAAACAAGGCUGUUUACCUGCUGUACACAGAGCUCAUCAUCAGUUUCAUCAAGGUGGUGCUGUAUUUGACCUUCAUGGCAAUUAUGAUUAAGAUCCACACAUUCCCGCUCUUUGCGAUCCGUCCCAUGUACCUGAGCAUGAGGGCUUUCAAGAAGGCCUUCAACGACGUCAUUAUGUCACGGCGAGCAAUCCGGAACAUGAACACUCUUUAUCCGGAUGCAACGCCCGAAGAGCUUGCCUCGGCCGACAACGUGUGUAUCAUCUGCCGCGAGGAGAUGGUGGGUGGUGGCAACAAGCGGCUGCCCUGCAGCCACAUCUUCCACACGGCCUGCCUGCGUUCCUGGUUCCAGCGCCAGCAGACGUGCCCCACCUGUCGCAUGGACGUGCUCAGGCAGCCGGCGGCCGCAGCCGCGGCGGCGGCUGCCAACCAAGGGGCGGCCCCGCCCCCGGCCGCCGGCCAGGCUGCUCCCCAGGCCCCGCCAAAUGUGCCUGGUCAGGCCUUUCCACAGUGGCCUCCCGGGAUGGCGGGUUUCCCACUUUUCCCACCAUUUCAGCAGUUGCAGCAGCACUUCAUACAGCACCAACAACAGCAUCAGCAGCAGCAGCAACAGCAGCAGCAGCAACAGAGGGGUGCGCAAAAUGCUGCAGGUGCACCCAGUCCAUCAGCCAGUACUUCUGAUCAGCAGCAGCAGCAGCAGCAGCCGCAGCAGCAGCAACAGCAGCCAAGUGCAACGGAAGCCGGUGGCGCAGCGGGGGUGGCAGCCGGAACCGCUUUCUUCCUGCCUCCCUUCUUCCCGUUGCUGCUGCCGCCACCACCUCCGGUUCCCCCCGAAGGUCUGGAGGCCCUGUCUGCUGAGGAGCUGAGCGCCAUGGAGGGGCAGGAGCGUGAGCAGAUAGCAGCACGCAUCCGCGUCCUGCGCAACAUCCAGACGCUGCUUGACGCGGCUGUGUUGCAGCUGCAGCAGUACAGCGCUGUAGUGGCCAGGGAAACAACGUCUGGGCAGCAGUCAGCACAGCAGCAGCGGCCGUCGUCAAACACCAGUGCUGGCGCGCCUUCUGCGGCUUCCUCGGCACCAAGCUCUGUAGAUCUGUCUGCAUCAGGCUCGAAAGAGGGUGCGGCAUCUGCAGCAGUGAGGCUGAGGCAAUCCGACGACGACCCCAACGCAGAGGUGCGCCGGCGACGGCUCCAGCGGUUCUCCCAGGGCGCCAUGCCCAACGGAGUUUCUAGUCCAGACACAGCGACCGAGUCGAACGGCACCAACGACGACAGCAGGCAUCCUCACUAGAGGCAUGCCGCCACCAAUUAAUUAAACACUUAGGACAGCAAGAGCAGCGACACACAGCAGCAACCUCCUUUUUCUCACCGACACAAGUCGUGGUCGUUUUUCUUCUUUUUUUCUUUUCUUGGCUCCCUUUCCUCUGCCAUACGUCUCGACCCUGUCCACCACCAGGACAACCGGAAAGACGGUGCCGCACCGUUACGAUGUCUCGCGUCGUCGUGGCAACGCUUCUGCUCUUUUCCGUGAUCUUCUCGCCUCAGCACCGACCAUGAGUUCCAGCUCCAAAUUGGAAGACAAUGUCCCGCUCUUUUUUUUUCCUUUUCGUGAUGCCAUUAGCGGAGGGAAAAGUGUUCACGGACGUGCCUCGCCUGUAUAUGUUGCCGGUUUCUUUCGGGGCGAUUGUGAAAAUGAAGGAUUGUCCCAGCCCUCGUUUUGUUACUCGUUUGCACUUAAUCUCUUGUCUUUCUUCCUUAAGUGACUCUACGCCAGCAGUGGUUUAUUGAUUUGCUUGGACUGCCACGGGCACCUACCUUCACCUCGACUCUUCCCCUCCCUGGGCCAGACUGCUGCGGUGCCUAGCAAGUGUGCUGGCAGCGGUGGUGUUCUUAUUUAUUGUACAGAUUGUGUAUAAAAAGCUUGACCAAGUAAAAAGGAAUUCAGCCCAGGA